AAGCAUCACAUAUGGGUAAUUUAGCCAAAAUCAAGUCAGAUCGAAUUUGGUAAAAAAAAAAAAAAACCAACCACAUUGGCCCGCACUGUUGUGGUUGCCAUCCCCAAGAAAUAGAAAGACCGUGAAAACAGCAAUGUAGGAAUGUUCCUGGAUUUCAGGAUUUCCCAAAGAAACUGAAAUAAAAUAACACACAGUAAUACUCUCAAUCUUUGUCGCUUCAUUUUUGUGCGUUUCUAAUAAAAGCAUUGGCUCCCUUUCGUCUUCUCAUUUCGCGUUUCAGAAGGAUAAAUAGAAAUAGAAACACCAACACUCGUAUGAUCAACUACCCUCAAAUGAAAUGGCAAAAAAUCAUCAUCCUCAAUGGAAGAAUAACAAUUGCACCAAAUUUGUAUUGCUUGUCACCUUUGCCUGCCUUGUGGGAUUGGCUUGCAUUUUAAAUCUCGCUUCUUCUUUUUCUUUCUACUCGUCUUAUCUUAGCUUCACCUCCAAUUGGGUGUCUCACAAACCUCCUUUCUUUGUCGUUCCAAGAGCUGGAGAAGACCCCAAAAUUUCUACCAAGGUAGGAGAGGGACGUAGUUCUCAGCGAUUCAUAUCAGCAACAUUUGCGGACAUACCAGCACCUGAUUUGCCAUGGGAACAAAUGCCAUCAGCACCGGUUGUACGACUUGAUGGAUCAUCAAUACAGAUUAACAAUCUUUUUUAUGUUCUUUCAGGAUAUGGCACCCUCGACUAUGUGCACUCUCAUGUAGAUGUGUAUAAUUUCACAGAUAAUACAUGGUUUGCGAGGUUUGAUGCACCGAAAUACAUGGCGAAUUCACAUUUAGGAGUGGCCAGUGAUGGGAGAUACAUAUAUGUGGUGUCAGGUCAGUAUGGCCCCCAAUGUAGAGGCCCCACUUCUGCAACUUAUGUUCUUGAUACUCAAACAAGGCAAUGGCAUGACUUUCCUCCUUUACCUGUCCCUAGGUACGCUCCUGCAACUCAGUUGUGGAGAGGCCGACUCCAUGUGAUGGGGGGCAGCAAAGAAAACCGCCAUACACCUGGAUUGGAGCAUUGGAGUAUAGCUGUAAAAGAUGGCAAUGCAUUGGAGAAAAACUGGCGGUCCGAGAUCCAGAUUCCUCGUGGAGGACCACACAGAGCUUGUGUUGUGGACAAUGAUCGGCUGUUCGUAAUCGGUGGUCAAGAGGGAGAUUUUAUGGCAAAACCUGGAUCUCCUAUCUUCAAAUGUUCUCGCAGGAAUGAGGUGGUGUACGGUGAUGUUUACAUGCUCGAAGGUGAAAUGAAGAAAUGGAAAGUCUUAUCUCCAAUGCCAAAACCAAACUCCCAUAUAGAAUGUUCUUGGGUGAUUGUCAACAACUCAAUCAUAAUUACAGGCGGUACAACAGAAAAGCAUCCAGUGAACAAGAGGAUGAUACUUGUUGGGGAGGUUUUUCAGUUUCAUUUAGACUCACUGGUAUGUGCUUUCUCAUACUAAAACAUUCCUAGUUCGAAUUUCAAUAGUUCAAAUUUCAAUAUCUACAAUCACUUGCGGU